CAGAAAAGAAAAAAAAAACGGUGCGUGAACCGUACCGGUGAAGCGUGGUGGAGGAGACUGAAAAGAGAAGAAGAACGAGGGAGUAGGGAGAUCUGCCUCUGAUCGCAAUUUCCGAUUGCAAUUUGCAAAUUGCGAUUUCUCUUAAAACCAGAGCUCUACGGCGUGUGCGAUUCGUUCGAAACGAAUGAAAUUUUAGCUCAAUUCCACGCUCUCACGCUCUCUCGGGACUCUGUAUUUUGUUCGAAGAAAGUCACGUGGUUUGUUACCUUCCGUUCAAGCGGAUAAAGAAAUUAGGAAAUGGCUACGGUUGAUGUUAUCAAAUCUUGCAUCGAUUCCAUUAGACAGAUAUCAGAGCAUAUUCAAGGCGCUAUUGUUUAUUUAGAUGCUGGAUCAGUGGAGAGUUUCCAACUUAUUGGGGCAUAUCCAGUGCUUCUUGAACUUGGAGCACGGGCUAUUUGCAGUUUGGAAAACAUGUCUGCACUUGAUGCGGUGGUUGAUUGGAACUCACAAUAUGAUCCUGCAAGGAAACUUGUGGUUAUCACUUCAAGUCUACUAAGUAAUGCGCACCGGUAUAUUUUACGUUGCCUGAGCACACAUCAAGUUGUUCGUCAUUGCAUUAUAUUUACAUCUAUCUCAGAGACAGCCCACUCAGCAUUUCCUGAUUCACCUCUGGGGCCAGAUGCAUAUCAUGAAUAUGAAUCCUUACUAGUUCAAGAUUAUGAAGAACUAGUUAAGAAAUCGGGGACAAAACCUGGACAGGCAAAACUUAACUUUGAAGAUGGAGGACACUCACAGUUUCCUUCCGGUGGAGAGGAUGUUCCUAAUCUUGAAGCUAGUUCAAGUGGAAGAGACAUUUAUGAGCAUAAUCCAUUAGACUUCGUUGAAGAUGCAGUGCUGAAAUUGGUUGUUUCUGUUCAUCAUUUUCCCAUGAUUAUAUGUCCCAUUUCACCAAGAGUAUUUGUUCUACCUUCAGAAGGGUUGGUGGCUGAAGCAUACUUAUCCUCUGAGCAUGAAGAUUUCAUUAGUCCUGGUUUGCCUCCCUUAAGUACUGGCAUGCUCUCUGAUGCCGAUGAUGUGCCUUCAGGGGCUACCCUUACUGCACACUUUCUAUACCAUUUGGCUGCCAAGAUGGACUUGAAAAUGGAAAUUUUCUCCCUUGGUGAUAUAUCAAAAACUGUGGGAAAACUUUUGACAGACAUGUCAAGUCUUUAUGACGUAGGCCGCCGUAAACGAUCAGCAGGGCUGUUACUCAUUGAUCGUACACUUGAUCUUCUCACUCCUUGCUGUCACGGGGACUCACUUGUUGACCGUAUGUUUUCUUCUUUGCCCCGUAGAAGUAGAACGGUUUCCCAUGCCCAAAUUAAAGGUUCAGGAAGCCAACUCAAACUUGGUUCUUCCUACCUGCAACGUUCUCCUUUAGAUGUUCAGAUACCACUUGCAGAGAUCCUUAAUGAAAAUGAUUGGAAAAUAGACAAUUUUCGGCUUUUAGAAAGCAUUGAAGCUUUUUUGUGUGGGUGGAAUUCGGGUAAUUCUGAUUCUCAGAUUGCAGGCUUGAUUAACCUUAGCCAGAAAAUUCAUGACAAGCCUAGUCACUCUGAUUUAGAGAAACUUACCGGGUCCUUUGUCUCCUCUGAAAAUUUCCGCGGGAUGCCAUUAUUGGAGGCUAUACUAGAUAGAAGAACAAAAGAUGGGGCUUUACUGGUAAAGAAGUGGCUACAAGAAACUCUGCGCAAGGAAAAUCUCACUGUGAAUGUGAAGUCUCGUCCUGGUCUUGUUACAAGACAAGAGUUGCAAGCUAUGAUCAAAGCUUUGUCGAGGAGCCAAUCAUCUUUGUUAAGGAACAAAGGAAUUAUCCAAUUAGCUUCAGCUACGAUAUUAGCUCUUGAGGAAUCAAAUUAUGCCAAAUGGGAUGCAUUUAGCAGUGCAGAGAAAAUUUUGAGUGUAAGUUCUGGAGAAACAAGUCAAAGUCUUGCCAUGCAAAUUGGUGAUCUCAUCAAUAAGAGUGCUUUGUUGGGAUCACAUGUAAAUGAAGGGAAAAGGGAGACCUCAAAGGGGUUACUUUCUUUGCAAGAUGCUUUGCUGCUGAUGAUUGUUGGGUAUAUAUUGGCUGGCGAGAAUUUUCCAACAUCUGGUUCUGACGGGCCAUUUUCUUGGCAAGAGGAACAUUUGUUAAAAGAAGCUGUUGUAGAUGCUCUUCUUGAGAAUCCAUCAGUAGCAAAUCUCAAGUUUUUAGAUGGACUAAGGGAAGAGCUUGAAACUAAUGUAAACAAGUUAAAAUCAGAGAAAACUACUGAAGAUCCUUCAGAACUAGAUAUUGAUGAUUUUGAUGAUGAUCAGUGGGGCAAAUGGGGUGAGGAAGAUGGUGACGAUGACAAUAAAAAUGAACAAGUGUAUGGUGAUGCACAACUGAAGUUGGAGUUGCGUGAUAGGGUUGAUAACCUUUUCAAAUUUCUUCAUAAGUUAUCUGAUCUGAAAAGAAAGAAUAUACCAUUGAGGGAUGGAUCAUUGACCACGGAAGCUAAUUUUGAUGAAGAUAGAAAAGGUUUACUUUAUAAGCUACUAACAAGGGUGUUGGGAAAGUCCGAUGUGCCUGGGUUAGAAUAUCAUUCUUCCACCGUGGGGCGCUUGUUUAAGAGUGGGUUUGGAAGAUUUGGCCUUGGUCAGGCCAAACCAAGUCUUGCCGAUCAAAACGUCAUAUUGGUUUUUGUUAUUGGGGGCAUUAAUGGACUCGAGGUGCGUGAAGCUCAUGAGGCAUUGGCUGAAAGUGGAAGACCCGAUAUAGAGUUGCUUGUGGGUGGAACAACUCUUCUUACUUCCAAUGACAUGCUUGAUUUACUGCUAGGGGAUUCAAGUUACAUUUAAUUCGUUCAUCAAUUAGAUAAAGUAGUAGAUAGAAAUUAAAUUGAAUUUGGUUUUGCUAAAUCCUGUACGUUGUAACUUUUAACUGUUGUAUAGGCAGUUCAAAUUGUAUUUUCUUUCUUUCCAAAAAGAAAAUAGAGAAUAAUAAAUUUUCUUUCAAAAUUA